AUGAUGGGAAUAGUGCAAGAGCAGAAUAUGGAGAAGCACAUAGAGAAGCAAAUGGGUUGCAUGGCAGGCUUCCUACAGAUCUUUGAUCGUCAUCAGAUUAUCGCUGGAAAACGCCUCUAUUCCACCAAACGUCUCCCUUUAUCUACGGGUGUUGAUUCUAAUCCAGAGUCAGAGCAGUCAAUGGAAUCACCACCGAUAUCGAGGGAAUUGGAGAAACCACAGCAAACAAGAUCAAUGCCUUCUCCAGACAGGUUUAAGCAAUCUCCGGUUAUGGAGCUCCGGUCACCGGCGACACCACAGUCUCCAUUACCUGUUGAGAUUCAGCCCAAAUCGCCUCUCCCUCUUCCUGUUUUGGAAUUAAAAGAAGGCACUAAAUCAUCUUGGAAAUUCUGCAAAGAAGCUCCUAGACUGUCUCUUGAUAGUAGAGCAACAUUCGAUGCAAAAGGAAGCCUUAAACCAAGAGAGAUCCGUACAAACGCUGCAAUUUUGUCAGUCAGUCGUUGCGAAAGCAAUGAAGAGCAAACAGACGAUAAUGACAAGCAACGCCGAUCGCCAAGUGUAAUUGCAAGGCUUAUGGGGCUGGAGCCAUUGCAGGGUCCUAAUCCGGAUCCUGAACAGAUGAACAAACCCGAACUCAGAAGAUCUGCUUCUGAGUCUAGAGCCUCCAGAGAUCUGUUUCAGUAUCGAUUCAUCGAUGGAGUCAAUUUUCAGUUAAAGCAAACGCAGCAGCAAAACACACAAAGCAAUGCCUCAAGCAAUGGAGGUAAGGAUCAGAAACCUAAUGGCAGAGCAGUAGAUCCAAAAGCGUACAAUGUGAUGCGGAACGUGAGAGCUGAACCAGCUAGAGCUCAAACCAGAGGCAGUGUACAGAGAAAGAGUUUCUUCGAUUCAGCUGAUUUCUUUCCUGAGCCAAAACAGAGUGUUUCUAUAUACGGUGAGAUUGAAAAGAAGCUAAAAAUGAGAGGAAUCGAUGGGCCAUCGAAAGAUCUUGAAACUCUUAAGCAUAUCCUUGAAGCUCUGCAACUCAAAGGCCUUUUGCAUUCCAAGAAGCCAGCACAUCAAAUUAGCCAAAGAAACUUAGUUUACGAAGAAUCUCCAAUCGUCCUCAUGAAGCCAGCAAAAUCCCUAGCUUCAAAGAACCGGCCUGCUGGAAGAAUCAUUAAUGAUUCGCCUCAUUCAAUUUAUAGAGCAAGACCUGGUCUUCGUCGAGAUCCAUACUACUCUGGAGAGACAUUGCCUGGUAUGAGCCCCAGGCGCGAGCGACCGGAGAUUGAAAAGAAUGUAAGGGGCCAAGUCAGAGGUAGGAAUUUGAGUUCGCCAAUGGCAAAUGAGAGCGAUGGUAGAAGUCCCAAUAGAAGGAGACCUUUGAGUGUUGAAACGCAGAGGAGAGUUAGUAAUGAUUCAGUGGAGCAGAGAAGAGUGUCUCCGGUUCAAUCUCCUAAAAUUAGUUCGAGGACGACAAAUCGGUCACCCAGAAGAAAACCAACGGUUGAGAUUUAUCACAAGGAUGAUAAAGUGUUUGUCUCUGCAGAAGAUGAAUUAUCCACUUUUUCUGAGAGUAGUAUCAGUACCUUUUCUCACACUGAUAUAGAGAGUUCGAAAUUGGAGGAUUAUAAUGAAGGAAGAAAUCUAUUAGAGAGGUGUGACAAGCUGCUUCACAGCAUAGCAGAGAUUACUGCAAGCGAGUUGCAACCUAGUCCAGUAUCAGUGCUUGACUCCUCGUUUUACAAGGAGGAAUCUUCUCCUUCUCCUGUAAUGAAACGGAGCGUUGAUUUCAAAGAUCAAUUGGCAGAAUUACAGGAUGAUAUUUGGAGCACAGCAAUCUCUCCUACUGAGUCAAAUUCAGAUGACGGUGACCUUAUGUACAUUUCUGAUAUCCUCCGAGCUUCAAAUUAUUUGCCUGAAGACUCCGAUUUAUUCCAGUUGCUAGAGAAGCAGCAAUAUCUUAAAGGAAAGGACACCUCCAAACUGUCAACACUCCAAAGAAAGCUUGUUUUUGAUACAAUCACAGAAAUUCUUUAUCGGAAGAGACAUUUGCCCCCUUGGAAGGUUAUCUGUUGGACGAAUCCUGUGAGUGGACAAACUUCCUUGCAGCAAAUUUGGUCAGAAUUCCAAAAAAUUCGGGAGAGGGACGCAUCAGAUGACUUGUUUGAGGUAAUCUGUGGUGUGCUUAGAAAGGACCUCGCUGGUGAUACGAUUAACGGAUGGGGAGAUCGCCCCAUUGAGAUGUCCGAAGCUGUUUUAGAUAUUGAGAGGCUGAUAUUCAAGGAUUUAAUUGGCGAAACCAUCCAAGACCUAGCUGCCUUUUGUUGCCGGAAGGGGAAAUUUAAUCAAGUAGUCCCUCGAAGGAAAUUGGUAUUCUAA